UCUACACCAACAAAGAAGAACCCGGCAAACUCUCGAGCCCCUCCCCUCUCUCCCUCGCCCUCCCUUGACCGGACCUCUUUUCAGCCACCACCCCUGGUCACAAAGACUGAACCACUCGCUGCCGUUCUUCUAAGCGGCGUCAAUCCCUCUGUCGCGCGCCGACCCACCAAAGCAGGCCUGCCUUCAUUCUCUCUUCUCCCUUCCAUUCUCUCUAAACAACAAACCCAUCCUACCGGUAUUCUGAUCAACCUCACCUCCCAUCUCUCUGCCUCGAUCAACACUCCACCUGCAUCGCCCUCGCCAAUAUCGUCACGUCGCUUUCCUCCAUAUCUUCCACCUCACCCUCAUCUCUGUCCACAAUCUCUCCGUGUCGGCACAUCACGAAUCCCAUCGGCCUUGGCGACAUUCGCCCCAAAAGUCCGUGACCAUCACAUUUCGCGGUUCCAAAGGAGACAAGCUCUCGGAGGGAGAUAUCAUCUUCACUUUUCCCACUGGGAGUGCGGUGUGGUGAAGAAAAGAGAACACUCGCAAGAUGAAGGUACGUUGUUGCCUCCAUGGUUCACGGCGCGGGGUCGCAAUAAAAGGCUAUCAGCUCACACAUUCCACUUUAGGCACUCAGACGAAGCAUCAAAGGGGAGAAGGAUAAUAGGCCGCAUCACAUUUCAAUCGCUCCAAAAUCUGCCGUCUCCAUAGAGCCUCCGAAAAAGGUAAAUGUCGCCACCGAGAAACCUGCAUCGUAAAGCUGACCAUUUGCCCUAGGUAAUUCGUGCCAUUUACGAUUACGAGGCGCAGUCGAGCCAGGAAUUGGGCUUUUCGAAAGGCGAUUUUUUCCAUGUUAUCGGUCGAGAGAAUGAUACGGAUUGGUACGAGGCUUGUAAUCCAGCGCUCCCUGAUGCUCGUGGACUAGUACCUGUCGCCUACUUCCAGGCCCUUGGGAAGACCGAACGCGAUAGCGGUCAAUCUGACAAAUCCCCACAAUCCGCUAGAUUACCAGACCACGACUCGGGCUACUCUGAUACUUCGGGCUCUGGAACACUGGGUGGAGAAUCUAACCGAGCCUCUAAAUCCAGCCCUUUCAGCCCUAAAGGUACCGGUGCAAUGGUUUACGGAAUUGUCAUGUAUGAUUUCGCCGCCGAACGGCCGGAUGAAUUGGACGCAAAGGCAGGAGAGGCCAUUAUCGUAAUUGCCCAAUCCAACCCAGAAUGGUUUGUCGCAAAACCUAUAGGAAGAUUGGGAGGCCCAGGAUUGAUCCCCGUAUCAUUCAUCGAAAUUCGAGAUAUGACAUCUGGUCAAGCGGUGCCAGAUGCCCAAGAGGCAGUUACACGAGCAGGCGUACCAAAGGUUGAAGAAUGGAAAAAGAUGGCAGCGGAUUAUAAAAAUAGUAGUAUCACCCUGGGCAAGUUUGAGGUACCAAAUUCUCAGCAGCAGAGCAUGGAGCAAAGUAUGGACCGCCUGAGUCUACAACACCAGCAAAACGGUCGCCAGAGCCAAAAUGGGCAGGGAUAUGUAAGUUUUGAAAUUGCGUCAGCAACUGGGCAACACUAAUAUGAAAUAGCAACAACCUCGACAAUCGCAACAGGCAAGACCACUCCAACAACAGCAAAAUCCUUACGCUUCCAAAUCGUCAUCACAACUCUAUGCCCCGAUAUCGGCGCGGAUACCUCGUUAUUGUUUUGCGGAGGACAAAUAUUGGUUCGUUAUCGAGGCGGCUCUGGAGGAUGGACGACACUGGGAAUUGUCUCGAUAUUAUGAAGAUUUCUACGAUUUCCAAAUCGCACUUUUAACAGAAUUCCCCGCAGAAGCAGGAAAUACCGGUACGCAAAAGAGGUCUUUGCCAUAUAUGCCUGGGCCCGUCAACUAUGUCACCGAUGCCAUCACAGAAGGACGACAGCACAAUCUUGACGCUUAUGUUAAAAAUCUUCUAACACAACCACCCUAUAUCUCAAGAUGCCAAUUGGUCAAGCAAUUCUUUGCGCCGCGAGAAGGAGAUUACGAGAUGGACCCGACCGCGGCGGACGAAGAGUACCGAUUGUCGGGGGGAUCACAACAGUCUUCGAACGAGUCACCGUCCCAUGGAGUGUCACGGCAAUCCUCUCGAGGCAACUUGAAUGGGGGCGGUGGUUAUGGAGGGUUGUCAGCAGCACCAGCACAGUCUUCGCAUCAAAGAAAUCAGAACUCGCUCUCUGUAAAUGGAAAUGGUCGCCAACUCUCCUCUCUUUCCCAGCCAUCGAAUGCAUCAGUUUCUCCCGGUCUUAGCGGUCAACCACCAGCUGCGGCAAUGAAGGUUAAAAUAUACUUUGGGGACGACCUCAUUGCUGUUCGGGUACCUCAGGAUAUUUCGUUCCAACAACUUUCCGAGAAGAUUAGGGAUCGUCUAAAGAUCCAACCAGGCGAUGAAAUUGCUCUUUACUACAAAGAUGAGCAAAGUGGAGACCGACCAAACUUGAUCAGCGAUAAUGAUCUUGAUACUGCCUUGAACCGAAAUGACAAACUCAUCAUUUAUGUGGAAUACAACUGAUUCGACUCGACACUCUUACAACCUCUUACUCUGCUUCUGUGUACAGAAAGUUCUGAGCGGUAAUAGCUGAGCUCAUUCCUUGAUGAAAAUGGCCAGUGAACACCACACUAUUUUAGAUCUUGCGAGGUGCAACAAAUUUGCCAUCUCUUUUUUUGGUAGCGAAAAUCAAUUUUUUUUCGGAGAGGAUGGACGUGGAACGAAGGAACGAACAUGGGUGGGGGUUUAGCGGCGUUAUAUGGGUUUUAGUGGUCCUUUCUUCUUUUGCUUUGAUAUUCCAAGGGCAUAUUGUUUUCUUUUUUUCUUCGGACGCUAGCUGGACAUACCAAGGAUUCUUUUGUUACGU